GUUUUCAAUAAGUAAUACAAUCAUGGGUCCAACUAGGAAGUUAAUUCAUUUAGUUUUGAAGUUUGAAUGAAAUUUUCAGCAUCAGCAAUGCAGUGGUCAUUCUCAAACAAAGUUUCUACAAGUCCUCAAUUAUUAUCAUUUAACUCUGAUGUGGAAGAAAAUCCAAGAAAAAGUGUUUAUGAUUCUACCAAGCACCAAUUUUCCAGCAUGGCGCAGAGUGUUGAUAGAAAGAAUUAUGGAAGAACAAGAUAUUGUAUGCAACGUUUUGAUGCAUAUUCAAAUCCAAAUCCAAGUCCGCAAAUGAACAUAUUCCCGGUUUCCACCCAACAAAACCAAACAAUUAGUAUUUCUAUGAAUCCUGUUUCGCAAUCUUGUUAUGGUUCCGUACCGAUUAUAAGCUCUGUUUCGGUCCAUCCCACACCAACUUCCGUUGUUGGGACUACUGAUCUAAUAAGAAAUGGUUCGAAAUCAUCGGUAGCAGCACCGUCGCAGUUGACCAUAUUCUACGGCGGAUCUGUAUGUGUUUACGAUGAUGUUUGCCCCGACAAGGCUCAAGCAAUUAUGCUGCUGGCUGGACAUGGAUCGCCAUCGACACCUCGAGUGCAAGAACCGAUUACGAGGCCUUCUUCUGUCGAUGGUUAUAUCGGUCAUAAAGUCCGUACAACGUCUCCAUGCUCAGGCCUCUCAAGCCCCAUGUAUGUCACUUCUAGUGGCACCACAACGAUGAAAUCACCUGUAGCUUUAGCUUCCGUAAGUAACCGAACAGAACCCUCCCAGGCAGUUACUUCUGUAGGGCCUGGUGCUGCAAUUCUGUCUCCAGCAGCAGCUGUUCCGCAAGCUCGUCAAGCAUCAUUGUCUAGGUUUCUCGAGAGGCGAAAAGAAAGGAUAACGAGCACCUCUCCGUACAAUAUGAAGAACAAAUCUUCAGAUUAUAGUGCUAAUGGAUCAGAAAACGCGGGUUUCUCUACCGGUUCUUUCUCUUCUUCAAGUCAUCAUCAGUUAGCAGUAAAUGAGAGUGGAAAAACCAAAAUAAUGUACUCUAUACCUAUGUAAUGAAGACUAAUCUUCAACAUCUUUUUUUAAGUUCAAUUCUUUUCACUCAAAAUCAUCUCAUAGGUCUAUGUUUUUUUUGUCCAAUUCUGUAGUUAAUAUCAUUUUUAUUAACAUAAGAUGAUAUUCUUUUUGACAUAAGAAGUUACUUUUAAUUCUAUGCUCAUUUUUGUUCCCCA